AUGAGCAAAACACAUCCACCAGAACUAAAAAAAUAUAUGGAUAAAUACAUGGAUAUAAAGUUAAAUGGAAAUCGGAUGAUUUCUGGCAUACUUCGGGGUUUUGAUCCAUUUAUGAAUAUUGUCGUUGAAGGAGCUGUUGAACACACAAAGGAUAGUGGAGAUCGAGAAAUAGGUAUGGUCGUGGUACGCGGUAAUUCAAUAGCAAUUAUGGAACCAAAGGAGAGGCUUGAAGGUGGUCGAUGA